AGAUAUCUUCCGUGAUUUCCGCAGAUUACUCUCGAAAAAAAUUUUAACAUUCGUCGGUAGUUAGUUACCGUUAUUCGUGUUCGCUACUAGAAUGUCCUCACGAAAAACUGCUGGUCGCCGGGGUACCACCAAGAAGCGGGCCCAGCGCGCAACAUCUAAUGUCUUCGCUAUGUUUGAUCAGGCUCAGAUUCAAGAAUUCAAGGAAGCAUUCAAUAUGAUUGAUCAAAAUCGAGAUGGCUUUAUUGACAAAGAAGAUUUGCACGACAUGCUUGCGUCAUUGGGUAAAAACCCAACCGAUGAGUACCUUGAAGCAAUGAUGAACGAAGCUCCUGGUCCAAUAAAUUUCACCAUGUUUUUGACCCUGUUCGGUGAGCGUUUGCAAGGAACAGAUCCAGAAGAGGUCAUCAAGAAUGCUUUCGCGUGUUUUGAUGAGGAUAACACUGGGCUUGUCCAUGAGGAUCGUCUGCGUGAACUGCUGAUUACAAUGGGGGAUCGCUUCACCGAUGACGAUGUUGAUGAAAUGUAUCGGGAGGCGCCGAUCAAAAAUGGAAUGUUCGAUUAUAUGGAAUUCACGCGCAUAUUGAAACACGGUGCUAAAGACAAGGAUGAACAGUGAAAUGGGAUGCUGUUACUGGAAGGAUUUGGACCAAUUCAAUUCUCUGGAGAAUGAAGGAUGGCAAUUUAUUGCAACGCUGUGCUUCAGUUUCUUCCUCGCAAAUGAAUCGAUUCCAGCGCUUUUUUUUGCAUUUGUAUCUGUUUUUGCACAAUGCUCUGCAUUCGCACAUUCCACCUUCUAAACUCAGAACAGAUUCUGGAAUUCCAUUUAUGAAGUAUAUGCGACGAUUAAUGAUUUUGCGGGUGAUCGGUGCGAUUCACAGACGUGUCGUUAUUUAUUGACAGUUAACCAUGUUUCGAACGUGUUUUAACGAAUGGUUUAAUCCAUGUGUUUAAUCUGCGCGUGUUUUAUGUGGGGAGUUAACAUCCAAGAAAAAAUCCGAUUUUUCAACCGAAAUUCGCGUGAAAUUUUCGAAUCUUGGAGGCUCUGCUUUGUAUUAUAUUCUUCGAAGAUAAAUUCUCUAUUUCGCUUA